GUCGCAGUCGUCGUUUGUUGUUUGACUUGAACGGUUUUGUGGUUUUGCAGUUUCCUCUCUGACAUAUCACGUUUGUUGCAUUUUCGUUGAGCCGGCUGCUUAACUAACACACACAAGUAUAAAAAAAGGGAAAUAUAUUUUUCGCAGUGCUUGGAAGUGUGCCUAACGGUUAAUUUAAAAGCUCUUAAAAGCCAUCAUUACAUUGAGCUGCAAAUAAUUAAAGCGUACAACAAAAACUAUCAAAAUAUAUUUUCCAUUGCGGCCCACCCGCAAGAACGCGCUCUCUCUUUCUCUAAAGUAAUAGAAACACAGUCACCAGACAAAGUACCAAUUAGCAAUUAAAAAGGACCUGCAAUAAAUAUAAACAAUAUAAAAAAUGGGUAAAGCACAAAGCAAGCGUUCCAUUGAUAUUACCACCGAUCCGAAGAAGGCUGGCGAGGGCGACGAAGUCGCUGGCAAAGUAGAGAAGAUUGAGGAUGCGGAUCAGGCAGCGGCGCCAGCUGUGAAUGGCGAUGCAGCGACGCCACAGGAAAAGAGCGCAGAUGAGGCGGGAGCAGCAGUAGCUGCAGCAAGCGAGAAAAAGGACACCACCGAGGAAAGCUCUGAGAACGACAAAGACUUAACUACGGAGAAGAGCGCCGCUGAGGUAACGCCCAAAACUGAUGGCGCUGCUGGCGAUGCCCCUGCUGAUGUUGGCAAGGAUGAAGCUGGCUCUGCCUCACCUAAAGAGGGUGGCGCUGAGGAGAUUUCACCUUUGGCGGAUGAAAGCAUUAAAUCCAAGUCGAAGAAGGACAAGAUGAAAAAGAAAUGGUCAUUCCGCAGUAUCUCGUUCGGCAAAAAGGACAAACAAAAACCAGCCAAGGUAGAGGAGCCCACCUCGCCCACUGCGGCGGCGACAACUACGAAUGCUGAGGCAGCGACAACGAAUGGUGAAUCAACAGCUGCCGCCGCCAGCCCUGAGCAGAGCGUGGAGGUUGCCGCGACUACUUCGGCGGAGGCAAGCACACCCGUGGAGAAUGGCGCGGCUAACGAAAAGGAGAAGGAACAGGCUACUAGUGAGGACAAGACGCCAGCAGCCACUGCCAGUGAGAAGCCUGCCGCCACCAAGUCUGAGAGCGCGCCUGCCGAAUCAAAAGUGGAGCCCGCUCCAGUUGCUGUACCAGAGUCUGUUGCCACUGCCGUUGUCACUGAAGUUGUGACCAAUGGACAUAGCGCUGAGGAGCCAGUUGUUGAAGCUGCGUUGACCAAUGGCGCCAAGAACGGUUUCGCAGAGUCGUCUGUUGAGCCGAUCGCUGAGCAGCAUCAUCAGCAAAAUGGCACAAAUGGCGUAACCGAGGGCGAGGGUGAGCAGGAUAAGAAUGGAGAAAAUGGCAGCGCCACGCCACCGCCAACACCAGUAGCCGAAUCUGAGGCUGAGCAAAUCAAGAACAAGUCGCAAAUUGAGGUAAAACAAUUAGACAACGACAACACCAACACACAUACUACUGUAAAUACCAUCACAACAACAACUACAGAAACAACCAUUGAGACCGAAACAAUUGCAGCCGCAGAGUUAGUUCAGACCCAAACCACAACCAAUACCAACACCCAAAAUAACACAGUACCCAAUAUCACAACCACAAGCACAGCCAAUACCACAACCGUAUCUCUAUCUUCCACUAACCAAGCGCAGGAGGUUGCGCCAAUUGAAACUCAAACUCAAGUUGAAACCCAAGCCGAGGAAGAACAAGUUGUGGCUGCUAUCAUAGCAGCCGUUAGUUCCGAACCCAACGAUCCUGCAGAGGGUUUUGUGCUAGUGGCGCCAAAGGCAAAUGAAAAAUCUGAAGUUGUUGAACAUAUUUCAGAGGUUGUUGAAAUCAUUUCCCAAGACCAAGACCCCCAACAAAGUGUUGACUUAGUCAACGAGUCCCAGGUUAAAAGUAGUGUUGAUAUUCGCGAAGCUGAAGUUGAUAUUGAAGCUGCAACUGAGAUUAGUCAACCGCCACCGCUACCGAAAUCUCCACCACCUUCUAGAGUCUCGGCCUUUGCCUUGGCCACAGAGGAAGAGACGCAGCCUGAGGAAGAACAUGAUAAAUUUGUCGAGGCAGAGAAGCAGCACAAAGAAAUUAUAGAUGAGGUAAAGAAGCCAGUAGAAGAAAAACAAGAGGAACACAACCCGAAAGAACUCUCAGAAGACCAAGAAGAGCAAAGCAACGAAGAACAGACAGUUGAAAUGGAGGAAGUAGAAAAUGAAGGAGAACAGGCAGAGAAUGUCAAAGAGCAAGAUGAUGAGACACCGGUGGUGCAGCAAGGCGUUUUGCUAGCACAGAUUGAGCAACAAGCGCACGUUAUAGUAGACGAAAUUACCGAACAAGCCGCCGACUUUGUAAUGGAACAGGAUAAACUUGAUCUACCAGCAGCAGGAGAAUCAGGAGUUGAGGAACAAGUCCAACCAAUGGUAACCGACAUGGAUGAAGAUGAUGUUAAAGAGGAGCUUAGUGCAGAACAGUCGAAAAUGAUUGAUGAGCUUAGUCUCCGACUGGAGCAGGAUACACUUGAAUUGGAGGAAAACGAACAUCAACUUAAUGAUAUUGUAGAGCAUAAUAAAGAUGAUUCAGAGAUUAUAAGCUGCAUUGAGAGCAUAACAAAAUUGGCCAUCGAUGAUCCAGCACAGCAUGAGGAUAUCGCCAAGGACUUAAAAGAAAAGAACGCAGCGGCGGAUGUGACAACACAGGAACUGGCCGUGACAUGCGAAUAAUACUACUCAUAAUUAUUAUAUACAUAUUACAAUAUUAUUAAAAAAAAAAAAAAAAAAAU